ACCCCACCCUCUUUGCAGGAAGUUCCAGAAGUAUAAAAGCAGAGAGCCCUACAACUCAGUUGGGGUUGGACCAAGGAAAGGGGCAGACAUUCCUACCACAUAGCUAAGCCACCAACAGAGCCCAUGGCUGGAUUCAGGAGAAGGUAAACAGACAGAAUGUCCCAUUCUCGGAAGAUGGGCCUCAGAACACUGCACUUCAGGGGCUACUCAUGAUUCUGGGAGAAAUUCCUGCUGAAGUGAUCAGCCAACUGAUUCUGGCCCCUGGGACUCCGGGAUCACCAGUGGCACUCAGACAAAGCUGUCCAAUGACUGGGAACUCCAGAGAUAGACAGACAGAUUUUAACCAGCUUUGAAGUGGAUCUCCCAUGGUGGACUAAAUAAACGCUUAUGCCCAGGCACACAGACUGUAGUUGAAUGAUGAGAUUGGAGGGACAGACACAGGGAGAAGUGUUGCUGCCUAGCAGGAUAAGCCAUCUGCCUGAAGUACUGCUGGGAAUAUUGACAGUAUUGCUGCUGCUGUUGCUGAGCUCCAUAAUGAUGACUCUUAACUUCUGGUAUAACCCCCAAUGAACAAACAGUGGCUGGAGAGUCCUUAAAGGAAUGCAGCAUCUCAUUAGUCUUUUUGGAAAACAAGAACUGACCAUCGAAGAACAGCUCAGCUGCCAGCAAAAGCAGGUGCUCUCACCGUAUCUGAGCUCCAGAGGAAACAUUUAAAACAGUUGUCAGAGAUAGAGUUACAGCUUUGUAACAUACUGCAUGGAAACUUCAACUCUGGAAAUGGAAAACCUGAUGCUUGGCUGCAGUUCCUGUAAAGUUAUCUGGACACUGCUUAUAACAAUUUUAGGCUAUACCAGCUGUCUGCCUGUGGGUGAUGAUUCUGUUUGCACAGCAGAGGAAGUUGCUAAGUACAGCAUAGUCUUUGUAGGGAAAUGGAGUCAGGCUGCUUUCCCUAAGCAGUAUCCCCUUUAUAGGCCUCCAGCACAGUGGUCUUCCUUGCUAGGUGUUACCCAUAGUUCUGACUAUAACAUGUGGAAAAAGGAUGAAUAUGCCAGCAAUGGUGUGCGUGAUUUUGCUGAAAAGGGUGAAGCAUGGACAUUAAUGAAGGAAAUAGAAGCAGCUGGAGAAAAAAUUCAAAGUGUGCAUGGAAUCUUCUCAGCUCCUGCCAUUUCCAGUGGUACAGGACAAACCUUCGCGGAAUUAGAAGCACAUUCAAGACACUCCUUAGUUUCUUUUGUUGUACGAAUUGUGCCCAGCCCUGAUUGGUUUGUGGGUGUUGACAGUCUAAAUCUAUGUGAGGGAGAUCAUUGGAAAGAACAAGAAACAGUAGAACUUUUUCCAUAUGAUGCUGGAACAGACAGUGGUUUCACAUUUUCCUCACCAAACUUUGCCACUAUUCCACAGGAUACUGUUACAGAGAUCACUUGUUCCUCUCCAAGUCACCCAGCAAACUCAUUUUUUUAUCCCAAGCUAAAAAGUUUGCCACCUAUUGCUCGAGUAACCAUUGUAAAACUUAAAAGAAACCAGCUGGGUCUUCCUGGUCCUCAGCCUAACCUGACUGCGGUAGGCAAUGAAAUAGAUGACUCUGUCUCAGAAACACCAUUGGACUGUGAGAUUUCACUGUGGUCUUCCUGGGGUCUUUGCAGAGGUACUUGUGGAAAGAUAGGGACCAAAACCAGAACUCGUUAUGUACGCCUUCAACCUGCCAAUAAUGGAACUCCUUGUCCAAACCUGGAUGAAGAAACAGAAUGUGAACCAGACAAUUGUGUCUGAAAUCUCCUUUCCAAUGGAAUAAAGAAUAGACGAUAAUUUAGAUCAUUUAAAUUAAGGUUAGAUUUAGUUGAAUCUAUACUCCAUGUCAGUCACUAUUCCUUAUAAUUCAGGUAUGUUGUAAUGUUUUAUUGAAAUGUUUAAUUAGACUGGAUGCUGAUUCUAUUGUUUGAUAUCAAGACUUUUUUUAAUUACUUAAUUUUAGUCCAACAGUUUUUGAUCAUUUACAGGGAAAACAAAACAAAAUCCACGGAACCCAUUCCUUUCUACAAAUAUUGUGUAAGUUCUUGCAGUACCAUCUAGUGGCAGGAAAGAAAAUUUUGGACAUACUGCACAGUUCAUUUAUGUUAACAAAUCUUUUGAGUACAAUCUAGAUUAUCACAUACAUUCUUAAAUAUUAGAAUUUGUAGAUUUAAAUUUGUUUAUUUAUAUCUGUAAAGCUAAUUAUUAUGUUGCUGUAAAUUAUGUUUUAUUAUAAUUUAUUGGCAUUAAUGUUGACUUCUUUUAUCAUGUUUAAUUGAGUACACUUCUUUGGAAAACACUUAUAUAAACCAGAGUGACCAGAUAUUGUAACAUAGUUAGGACAAUAAAAUAACUGCGUAAACUUGUCUUGAAUCCUAUGCAUGUAGAGCGAGAGGUUUGUUUUUCCUCAGACAUUGGAAAAAUGCCAACUACAAAACUACUCAGCUCAGAAGCUUCAUAUAAGCACUCAAAAGUCUGGAUACUAAUGGGGAGCCACUGAACUCAGUUGAGUUGAAUCAGUUUUCCAGAUUUAAAAACUGACUGAUCUUUGGUGUGGAUCCCUACACAAAUAAACUGACUGGGAAAUAACUGGUGAAAAAUUGUAAAGUCUGUUCAGCUGACUAUAAGUUAUACCAUUUUCUACAUGUAUGAAAUAAAUGUGUCCAUGUUUCUCUAAAA